AUGGAGGCAACCGAUGCGAGUCGACUGGCCAAGCAAAGCCUCUACCUCGCUACGUGCUUUGGCGUCCUCAUGCUCAUGGUUUAUCUGCGCUACCACGCGUUUGUCCCAGUCGACAAUCUGCCCUUGGUCUUGCUGCCAUGCGUGAUGGUCGCAGCAUUCCCGUGGCAGCCCGCACAGGCCGAGCUAGCCGACAAACCCGUUCAGCCCGUGGUCGUGGGCUACGCUCCCACGCGCACAGCUCCCGAGUGCUCUCCUCUCGCCACGCCUCUCCUCGCAAUAAAGCCGCGCUACGAUUAUCUGGACAACGUCAAGGCCUUUUUAGCAUUUAUUGUGGUGACCCACCAUGUGGCUUGCUCAUUUGGCGACACGGGUGGCGUGCCCGUCUGGGCACACACGGGGGUCUGGCCGGCGAUCGUGCUUGGGGACCAAGACGUGUGGAGCAGCCGCGUGGCGACUGGCUUGAUCACGGCCGAUCAAGGCUACUUUAUAAGCCUCUUGUGCUUCAUCUCGGGGCACUUUACACCAGCGAGCCACGCACGCAAGGGCACGCGCGAGUUUAUCAAGGGCAAGCUGAUCCGCUACGGCAUCCCCUACCUCGUCUACUUUUGGUGCCUCAACCCGCUCUGCUGGAUGUGGCUAUUCCUCAUGUUCGAGCCCGACCCAGCGGCGUGGGCGUACGUUCCUGGCCCGGGACCGCCUUGGUUUCUCCAGAUGCUACUGCUUUUCAACGCAUGGUACGGCUGGAUUCUGGCCUUUGGCUUCAACAUGUUUUACAUCCCCACCUCAAUCGGCUCCUUCCCUUUUUACAUAAUCUUCUUCUAUGCGGGGUGCGUCGCCGCACGCGACGAUUGGCUCGCCGAUCUCCUUCGCUGGCCGAGUUGGCAAGUCGUGGCGCUCUACUGCGUUGCCGUCAGCCUGCUCCUCUUCAACCUCGUGGCCGUCCCGUUCAUGAGCCCAUUCCCACCAUCUCCAGACUGCCUGCCUCCCUCGCCACCUUCUCCGGGCGAUACUGCUCUGCUCCCUCCACAACGAGGCGUGGACAACUCCACGCUGCCCACAACACUCCUCGUCUUCGGCGCCGUCGAGGGCGUCUACACGGUCGCCUUCUCGCUGGCAACGCUCCAUUUCUUUGGCACCUUCCUCAACUCUCGCAACAGGGCGUGGGACUUCUUGGCAAACGCGGCGUAUGCCGUUUACAUUCUCCACUUUGUGCUGCUCGCGCCGUGUGUCUAUGCGUACCUGGCCAUCCUGCGCGCCUCGGGCACCUCGGUCAACAUUACCUACUGCUUCGCUAGAGACGCGUUCUACUCGACCACACCGCUCAAGGGCUGGCAGCUUUCUACGGGCUUCCUUUUCACAACGCUCCUGAUCAACUUGCCGCUGUGGCCUACCGCUUACUACCUCCGGAAGCUGCCGGGAUUCAGUCGCGUGCUCUGA